AUGCUUCAACGUACCAAGUAUAACCGCUUCAGGAAUGAUUCGGUGACAUCAGUUGAUGAUCUUAUUCACAAUUUGUCCAUGAACAGCAAGGUCUCAGCAGUUGCUACGACUUCUACGGCACCUUCCUACCUGGUCUCGCCAGAGGUUCUCCGCAAGGACCAAGAAGAUGGACCCACCACCCUGUGCACCCUCAUCCAUAAAGUGUCCCACUUGAAACUCUCUAACACAGGCAGCCUUUUGGGUAUCAAAAACCUCUCCUCUGCAGUAAAGGAGCUUGCUGUCUCCAAGUUGCAAGGAAGCUCGAGUGCUUCUAGCUCGGCAGCAGGGGCUUCAGACAACACAUGUAACCUUGUCUCUGCCACUUCGUGUUCUCAGCAGGACGUGAGCAAGAUGAGCAUGGGGAAAAAAGCACGGUCAGAGGAAAUGCACCCGGGAGGUGAAGACUGGAAUCAAAGUAGCAGCUUUGUCAAUAAACCCUCUCGAGGAUGGCUGCACUCGAGUGAGAAGAUCCUGGGACCUGGUGUGACGUACGUUGUGAAGUACUUGGGAUGUAUAGAAGUCUUACGCUCAAUGAGAUCUCUUGACUUCAAUACUAGAACACAGAUUACAAGGGAAGCAAUCAGUCGUGUUUGUGAAGCAGUGCCUGGUGCCAAAGGAGCCUUCAAGAAACGAAAGCCACCAAAUAAAGUUCUUUCUAGCAUCUUGGGAAAGAGCAAUCUUCAGUUUGCUGGAAUGAGCAUAAUGCUGAAUAUCUCCACCACCAGUUUAAAUCUAAUGACGCCUGAUACAAAACAGAUCAUAGCAAAUCACCAUAUGCAAUCUAUUUCCUUCGCAUCUGGCGGUGAUCCGGAUACAACUGACUAUGUUGCAUAUGUAGCUAAGGACCCUGUUAAUCGGCGAGCUUGCCAUAUACUGGAAUGCUGUGAUGGCCUGGCACAGGAUGUCAUCAGUACCAUAGGGCAAGCCUUUGAGCUUCGAUUUAAGCAAUAUUUACGAUGUCCCUCUAAGAUGCCUACUUUCCAUGACAGGAUGCAGAGUUUUGAUGAGCCGUGGAUGGAGGAAGAGGGAGAGGCAGCAGAACAUCCCUAUUACAACAACAUCCCCAAUAAAAUGCCCCCUCCUGGUGGCUUCAUUGAUGCCAGGCUCAAAGCAAGGCUUCCUGCUGCUGCGGAUACAGCUCAGUCUGCAACAGGACUAGGAAAAGAGCAAACCUACUAUCAGAGUCGGCACAUAGGAGACAAAUUCAGUGAAGACUGGCAUCCUGGGCCUCUUAAACAAGGAUCUUUGGAUAUUUAUAGCAUGCCAGAAGGGAAAUCACAAGUAACCCCGACGGCAGAGAUGCCAACGUAUGUGAACACCCAGCAUAUAAAUAUGGAAGCUCUAUUGGCACUUCAGGCAGAUGCUGAAAGUGCCUUCAGUGGAACAACAGAUAAUACCAAAGAGAGCAGCCCAGGAAAGGAUCUAUUUGACAUGAAACCAUUUGAAGAUGCUCUCAAGAAUCAAACCUCUGAGCCUGUGUUGAGUAAGGCCACCUCCAUUGAAUGUACCAGUCCUCUUUUAUCCAGAGCAGCAGACUGGACUGUAAUGGAGGAGCUGAGUACAGAGCCUUGGUAUCAAGGAGAGAUGAGUAGGAAAGAAGCAGAACAGCUGUUAAAGAAAUGUGGAGACUUCCUGGUGAGGAAAAGUACCACAAAUCCAGGCUCCUAUGUGUUGACCGGCAUGCAUAAUGGACAAGCCAAGCAUCUUCUUUUGGUGGAUCCAGAAGGAACUGUUCGUACAAAAGAUCGUGUCUUUGACAGCAUAAGUCAUCUCAUCAACCAUCACCUUGAGAAUAAUUUGCCAAUAGUUUCUUCCGGGAGUGAACUCUGCCUGCAGCAGCCUGCUGAGAGGAAACAGUGA